AUGAGCUCAGUACCCGACCAUCUCUACGAGGAUGGUAACACCACGGGAUACCGUCGCAAACAGACGAAGUCAAUCCUUAAAAACAAAGAGAAUAUGACGAUGCCCAAUCCGUCAAUGCCCCUCAGACACUUUGACACCGCUUCCAGACUUGCAAAUCGAAGAGUCUCGUUUGCCAACAAGGUCAAGCUCCAUAAAAUUGAUUUUGUCCCGGCCAAUGGCGAGGAUGUUCCGGAAGAGGACAGCUCAGAAGAGGAAGGCAAUGUUAGCUUAUCGGCGUUGGAGAAAAACACAUCAAGCUUUGUUGAUCUGAUGAGGAAUAUAGCAGAGUCUCACAGCAGUGACGAUGAAGACCUACCCCAGAACGAAAACGCAACAAGGUCCACCGAAGAUCAAACAAUGGAUUUCACAGGACUGAUACGACAGACCCAGGAGCAAGACAUGGAGUUCACAAGUCAGCUCGACGGUAAGUUGAACCUAGCGUAUCCACUUUCAACAGAUCAGCACUAUCAGGGCUUCGAUCACGAGAACCUGAACAUGGAAUUGACAAUGCAGUUCACGAAGAAUAUCUCCUCAUACACUGUGGUGUCUAAUAACCAGGAGAAUUUCUCCUCAGACAGUCCCAAACCUCAUUUCCUCAAUGGCCACAAGUUGCAAUUCGACAACAACGGCAACGAAGAAGCCACAAUGGAUUUUACCAAGUUCUUCGAGGACAACUCUCGCAAUGACGCAUUCGGUUUCUCUGAAGCUGCCAGAUUCAGCCCCGUUCCGAAUGCUGAUUACGGAGUCUCAGUCCCAGACAGAGAUGGCGAUGAUAUGGAGCUCACACAACCGUUCAACAAGCCAGCAGCGGCCAGUCUCGAAGAAAAGUGGCAACGGGACGAACCACUGACAGAUGAAGCGAAUAGGCCACCUCCGAUAUUGACCAGCCCAAGCCUCUCAGCUGACGAACAGGAGGGGGCCAACGAAGAACCCGAGAAUGAAGAAACAAUGGAGCUUACGAGCCAGGUAAAUGUCACAGCUCUGGCAUCAUCCAACGGUGUGACUGAAAAGACUCAGGAGGCUGAGGUUGCAAAGCCGGAACGAAAGCCUGAGGCAGCCCAAGAGGAAUCAGUGCAAGACAAUUUACCUGAGAGAUCAAUGGACGACUCCAACAAACAAGAAGGUCAGGAGAAGGAGAAAGAGUCUUUUAAUCACACGACAGACAAGAGCCCGUCAGUGUAUGGCACACCUGCGGCAUCUCCAGUAAAACAGGCGGCCCAGCAAGAGACGGGGACUGGUGAGAUUUCGAAUUCACAUGGGUCACCAGAGAAACUGAAAGACGAAGAUGAUCAACAGGGAGAAGAACAAUUUGGAGAAAACGCAGAAAGUGUUGCGAAGAGCUCACCAAAAAAGACAAGAGAAGAAAAAGAAGAUGAUGAUGGAAUUUCCUCUGAGGCACCAGAGCAGGAUAAUCAAAAUGAGCUUGAAGAGGCUCAGGACCAAGACUCAAACUCUGCUCAAGAUGUACCAGAACAGAGUGUUCAGGAAGCAACUCAAGAGUCACAAGAACAGACGAUAGUGCCGGAAGUUGAGCAAAAGUCGACUGAAUUACAACGCUCGUCACUGACACCUGAGACACCAAAAGAGACGGAAGUGGCCGAGAGCGUACUCUCACAAGAAAGUCAAAAAGAAGAUGAGGUGACAGACGACGCUUCGAAGUUCAAUAAAAUUGAACUGUCACAACCAAUGGAACUCACUCAACCAAGAAGUGCUAUCGAGACCGUAUCAGAGGUUGAACUGCAGCUGAAGAGAGUUUCUGAGGAUUUUGAGGAGCCGAAACAAAAACAGCAAAGAAAAGAACCUCAUGUGUCCACCUUGGACAUACCUUUGGCAGAAACUUCGACAUUGUCGAUUGAUGGAGUCGAUGACGACUUUAACGACCCGAACUAUCAGCCAGUGUCGCUUCCUACCUUUCUCAAUGACAUCGGUGUGAAAUUUUAUGAUGAUCUCGAGAUUGCAAGUGAUACCGCAAACCGUUAUUCACUCUCGCUACAGGACGAUUCGUCGAACACAACCGACGAGGACUACUACAAAGGUAAUGUUCAUUUACCAUUGCUUGAAGUGUUGGAGUUGAGUUGCAAAGAGCUAACGCAAAAAAUCCAGCAAGGCAAAGCCCUCUUCCAAGAAGUCAGUGACCAGUCUCUCAACGAUAAUCCGAUGCUCUUCAAGCAAUACUACCUGUCGUCAUAUUACGACCAAAUCUCGAUGAAAUCUCACUUUCAUCUUUUGAAGGAGUUCACGAGAUACCAAGCGAAACAGGUUUGGUAUCAAUGGCGUACACAGCUAAUGCAAAACCUUUUGGAAGUGCAACAGGGCAACCUCGAGCAACUUGAGGCAGACAAAUCGACACUCCAGGCGAGCAUCAAAGAGUUGGAACAGGUUCACGAGGACAUCAAAUUGGACCUUCAGCUGCUCAAGAAUGAUGUUUCUUCUUUCAAAGAGAUAAAGGCAUCAUUUAAGGAUUUAGAUGCCAAUCAGCUAAAAAUCAUUAAGCUGCAACUCAUGGACCUUAAUAAGAAACUACUCGAGCACCGAGUCCAGAUAGGUGAGAAAGAAGAAGAACUUGCUGGAGUACGUUCGGAGAUUGAGAAAGCAAAUGUCAAAAUCCAGGAGCAACGAGAUGAAUUGAGGAAGGCCGAAAGUCAGCUCAGCCGCAGAAGAAAUUUCAGCAGCCAAGAGAUCAACGAACUUGAGCACGAGGUUCAAAGGACUGAAAAAGCAGCUGGAAUCAGCUACAAAUCUGGUAUCGGCUCUAACGAAAUCGAGUUUGAGUGCAAUGCUAACAUCAGUGUUGUUGUUACAUACCUGGAAGCUACUCCAACUGACAUUCGCUUUUUCGAAAAACCGAGUGAAACAAGUGAUUUGAUAUUUGCGGAACUUGCACCUUUUGCUAUCCUUGCCCUACCACGUCAAGAGUUGACUGCAGAGGAGAAUCUUAAAGAGUUUCAAAGAGCCUGGGAAAAAUUGAAACAAGUUGAUUCAGAUCUCUACAAACUUUCGCUCAAGCACCCAUCCAAGCUCGAAGUGACUAGGGAUGAGCUUAAAUUUCACAGCACCGUGUUCAAUUUUGAAUCUGGGGCGGAGACAAUUUAUACCCUCGAGCUUAAGGCGAACGAUAUCAUGUACUACCCAGACCAACUCACAGUGAGUGCGAAGCCUGGCAGAAGACUGAGAACAACCACAAGUGCGUUACCCCCGCUGCAUGGUAUCUCAGACAAACUUAUGAACAAGUUCAAGACCCCAUUCACUGCCACAAGCAUCGCACUCCCGAUAGCCAUGGACGAUACAAUCGACGCCUCCUACUAUUUGGGUGGUAAGGCCGCAGAGGUGUCCAAAACUUUGGAUAUCGUCAUUGGUAGCGGUGAUAUUGUUACCAUUGACGAAUUGCCAGAUGACCCUCAGGAGCUUAUAUCCUUUUUGGAAGGAGAGUCUUGUGACGUGAAAUACUGGAUUCUCGUUGCCCAGGCCUAUGCUCUGGACAAUAAGCUAGAUGAGGCCAUCACCAUCGCUGAGAAGGGUGUUUCUAUCAAAUCCAAGAGCGACAAGGAUCGUUUGUUGAUUUUGUUGACUGCCAUCCAUUUUGCUUUCGUGAACAGGGGAGACGGUAGAGCUGACCAUUUGAAAAGCGCUCAAGAGGCACUUUCUCAGGUCGAAGAUUCCAACUCUGUGCCUGUUCUUGUGUCAAAAGCCAUUCUUCAUGUCCACAAGGACGAAGCAGAGAACGCCUUGCAGCUUUUUGACCGUUUGUUAAAACUCGAUUCGACCAAUUGCAUUGCAUUGCUUGGAAAGGCUCAGGUCACACUCAGCAAAACACAAAACUACUCAAACGCUUUGAAGAUUUACCAGCAGGUUUUGGUCUUGAACCCAUUAAUGAAGCCUGACCCUAGAAUUGGUAUAGGCUUGUGCUUCUGGUAUCUUAAAGAUCGUUCAAUGGCUAUUAGCUCAUGGAAUCGUUCCCUUGAAAUUGAUCCUGAAAAUUUCAAAGCCAAGUUACUUUUGACAUUGGCUAAGUUUGACAAUGUUUUCACCAACUCGAUCUCUGAUGAACAGUUCCUCGAAGGCUAUAAAAGCGCAUUGGGCGAGGUCGGCGAUCUUCACAAAAAGGCUCCAAACGACAAGGUUCUUUUAAUCGUGCUCGCUUCGUACUUCUAUUCCAAGGGUGACUACGAAUUGGUUGAAAAGAUUGUCAAUAAGGUCGUUACGUCAUCUACUGAUGAAAUUGCAUCUGCCAAAUCUUCCAAAUUGACCUCGUUCAUCUCCAAGAUCCUUUCUCAAGGCUCUUUUUGGUUGGGACGUGUUGCCUAUGCUAAGAGCGAUUUCACUCAGGCGCAAAAGUAUUUCCAUGAGGCUAUCAGAUUAGAUGACAACAAUUUGCUCGCCAAGUUGGGUUUGGGUCAAGCUCAACUUAGUCGUGGCUCAUCCGAAGAGGCCAUCAUUACCUUUGAGUCCAUCGUUAGAUCCAACUCCAAGUGUUUGGAGUUCAACUACGCUUUGGGUCUUUUAUAUUCCCAACUGAAAUCGCGUUCUAAAAAUGAACAAGCUGUGCAAAUGUUGGAAAGAUACAUCAGAUUGUCGAACAAUCGUGGUUUGGCUGUUGCUAACAUGAAGGACGACGAAGCCUACCUCAACAAGGAGCCAGUCGUUCUCAAUGCUUACUUGCAGUUGAGUCAGCUCUACCAAUCUAAGGACAUCUCGCAAUCUUUGGUUUAUUUGCAUAAGGCUAUCGAAAGCAGGAAGCAGAUUGGUCUGGACGCACCAUUAGAAGUGUACAACAAUAUUGGUGUAUUCAACUUCAUCAAAAAUAACGAAUCCACAGCUGCAGAGAACUUUGCCAUUGCUCUUGAAAAGGCCGACCAAUACCAAGUCCCUGAAGAUGCUAUUGACGAAGCUGUGGUCGAUCUCGGUAAGGAUUUACGUACCCCAAUCACUUACAAUUUGGCAAGAUCGAAGGAGUCUUCGAAUGAGACUGAGGCUAUUGAAACUUACAACAAAUUGCUCGAAGAGUGCCCCAACUACUUCUCGGCCAAACUUCGACUCCUAUUUUUGGACGCUGUGUCUACCGAAAAAACACCUAAGAAAGAGCUCGAGGAAGAGAUCAAGACGCUUCUUCAAGAACAUGCUUCUAAUUUAGAAGUCAGAUCGUUUUAUGGCUGGUUCAUCAAGACAUUCGGCAAGAAGAUUGGUCUCAAGCCUGAUGCUGAUACUCAACAUCAAAAAGAAACUUUGGUUGACUAUGAUUCUCAUGAUUGUUAUGCCUUGAUCUCAUUGGCGAACAUCUAUUGUGUGAUGGCCAAGGAAAUCAAGUCUUCCAAGGAGGAAGAAAAGAAAAAGAAGUACUUUUUGAGAGCAAUUGAGUUGUUCACCAAAGUUUUGUCCAUCGAUGCUAAGAAUGUUUUUGCCGCACAGGGUUUGGCCAUCAUCUAUAUCGAAAACAAGGAACAGACCAAGGGCCUUGAUAUUUUGAGAAAGAUUCGUGACUCAUUGAAUGACAUUUCCGUCUACUUGAACCUUGGCCAUGUUUUGGUCGAGUUGAAACAGUAUUCGAAGGCCAUUGAGAGUUAUGAGAUUGCAUAUGUGAGAUUCACGAACAGCAGUGAUCCUAAGAUUGUGUCCUUCUUGGGUCGUUCGUGGUACUUGAGAGGACUUGCGGAAAAGAACUUGGGCUAUUUGAAGAAGGGACUUGAAUACUCAGAGGAGGCUUUCGCGAAGUCGUCAACCAACAAGAGCGCUUUGCUAUUCAAUGUUGCUUAUGUGAAGUUCCAAAUUGCUGAUUUCCUCAGUAAGUUACCUGCUGCACAAAGAACCGUUGACGAUAUCAACCAGGCCAUCACCGAUUUGAACGAUGCCAUUUCAGACUUGAAUGCUCUUUCCUCGGAGGAAGAGAAGCAUCCUCCAUUCCCCAAGGCAGAGUUGAAGUCAAGAGCCAACAUGGGUACAACAACGUUGCUCAAUAGAUUGAACACUUGCCUUGAGGAAACCAAGGAGAAUGUGAACCAAUUGAACAGCAAGCUCGAGGAAGCCAAGAAGUUAAGACAGGAGGAAGAGGCUCGUAAGGCUGAAGAGGAAGAGCAAAGAUUAGCCGCUCUCAGGUCGAGACAGGAAGAAUUGGCUAAGGAGCGUGCUGUUUUGCAAGAGCAAGCACAACAGUGGGCUGAAGAGGCUAGACUGAAUGUUGUUGUUGAAUCCGAUGACGAUAAGGCUUUCGAUGAAGAUAAGAAGGAUGGCAAGAAGAAGAAGGGCAAGAAGGCCCAAGCCAACGGAAAGAAGGGCGGCAAGAAGGGUGGCCGCAAAAAGAAGGAUUUCAUCAAUGACAGCGAUGGAGAUGAGGCUCCACCAUCUGAUGACAACGAACCUGAGGAGCCUGCCUUGCCAUCUGGAGAUGAGGAUGAUGAUGUCCCAACUAAAAAGACCCUGCGCAAGAAGCGUACAGUUGCCGACGACGACGACGAGGAAGGUCAAGCUGUUGACCAGGCCCCAUCCAAGAGAAGAAAACAGUUUAAAUCGCAAGAAAUUGUGGAAGACUCUUCAGACGAUAAUGAUGGGGACGCCGAUGGUCAAGAUGAAGACGGGCUUUUCUGA